AUGGCUGAAAACGCUUCGGCAUCGACCCCUGCCUCUCUGCCGUCGGCUCCCCAACCCGCUGCCGGUGCCCAAAACCAGCAGUACGAUGCCGCUCAAGGCAACGGCCAGGCCAAUUCGUCCCACAUGCCCCCUCCGCCGCGCCCUCCGGUGAUUAUCCCCCAGAACACCAACCCAAUUCCUACCGCAAUCACCUCCCCCAUGUCUGGCAACAUGAUGUCUCCGACGAGUGCUGGUGGAUUUGUUCGCCGCGCUGCCCCCGAACCAAACAAGAGAGCUCUCUAUGUUGGUGGACUGGACCCGCGGGUGACCGAGGACAUCCUCAAGCAAAUCUUUGAGACUACGGGCCACGUGGUCAGUGUGAAGAUCAUCCCGGACAAGAACGGUCAAUUCAGCACAAAGGGUUACAACUACGGAUUCGUGGAAUUCGACGACCCCGGAGCGGCGGAGAGAGCGAUGCAGACCCUCAAUGGUCGUCGUAUUCACCAAUCGGAAAUCCGCGUAAACUGGGCAUACCAGUCCAAUAGCACCAACAAGGAAGACACCUCCAACCACUUCCAUAUUUUCGUCGGUGAUCUGAGCAACGAAGUGAACGAUGAGGUUCUACAGCAGGCUUUCUCUGCCUUUGGAUCUGUCUCUGAGGCCCGCGUGAUGUGGGACAUGAAGACCGGACGCUCGCGCGGCUACGGUUUCGUUGCCUUCCGUGACCGCUCCGAGGCAGACAAGGCCCUGAACUCGAUGGACGGGGAAUGGCUUGGCUCGCGGGCCAUUCGUUGCAACUGGGCUAACCAAAAGGGUCAGCCCUCGAUCUCCCAGCAGCAAGCGAUGGCUGCGAUGGGCAUGACGCCCACCACCCCGUUCGGUCAUCAUCACUUCCCCACUCACGGGAUCCAGAGCUAUGACAUGGUGGUGCAGCAGACCCCGCAGUGGCAGACAACUUGCUACGUGGGCAACUUGACCCCUUACACUACUCAAAACGACCUGGUGCCCUUGUUCCAAAACUUCGGCUAUGUUCUGGAGACCCGUCUCCAAGCUGACCGAGGCUUUGCGUUCGUCAAGAUGGAUUCGCAUGAAAAUGCCGCCAUGGCCAUCUGUCAGCUGAACGGCUACAACGUCAACGGUCGUCCCCUAAAGUGUAGUUGGGGCAAGGAUCGGCCUCCGACGGGCCAGUUCGACAACUUCUCUGCGCAGCAGGGCAACGCCGCGUUUAACAAUAGCCCCGGUUUCUUUCCCCAGUACGGCGGCCCUGGAACCCCCAUGAACCAAGGUAUGUGGCCCAGACGUCUCCACGCGGACCUGCCACACCAGGCCCCUGCUCCCGCUGGUCGAGGCUGGGAUCAACAAGCCAACAACUAUGGCGGACAAGGCAUGCCCGCGCAGGGCUUUGCCCAGGUUCCCGGAAAUGCUGGAGGGUACGGUCGCGGCCAACCCAUGUCUCCGACCGGAAACUGGGACCAGUCCAACAACUUCAACGGAGGCUACCAGGCGUAA